GUUUACAUUUUGAGGUCAUUGACUGAACGGUCAACGCUUCUUCUAGGCGUGGUUAAGUUCACGUUUUGCUGUGUUCCACGUUUAAUCAAAACCUUUUGUUUGAUAUUUCUGGUUACCGAAUUUUGUUUCAGAAUCUGAGUGGUGAAAUGCGGAAACUUCCAUUUCAGAUAAGAUUCAUAAGCUAAGAGAAUUCAUUGUCUUUGACGUUGGUAACACAAUAUGGAAAGGAUUCAAGAUAAGGCAGAUGAAAAUAGUAUAUCUGAGCAUUCGCCUUCAUCCGUUGUUGCUCUAGCAAUUAAGGGUAACAAGAAAAGCAAAUUUGUGGUACAGUGGGCACUGAAUAAGUUUGUCCCUGAGGGUAUGAUUGUCUUCAAGCUGAUACACGUCCAUCCCGGUAUAAAAGGAGUUCCAACACCAAUGGGAAAUGUGAUUCCUAUUUCACAAGUGCGUACCGAUGUAGCAAACGCUUUCAGAAAGGAAGUGGAGUGGCAGACAAAUCAAAAGCUUCUACCUUUCAAAAGAAUGUGUGAGCAGAGAAAGGUCCAUGCAGAUAUUGUGGUGAUUGAAUCAGAUGACGUGGCAGGUGCAGUAGCAGAGGAAGUAGCUAAGGGUGCUAUAACCAAACUCGUCGUUGGAGCAUCAUCUCGUAGCAUAUUUACCAGUAAACAUAAGGGUAUAUCUGCAAAAAUCUCAGUAUGCACUCCAAGAUUUUGUACAGUCUAUGCUACAUCGAAAGGAAAACUGUCCAUACGACCAUCAGACAUACAAGUUGAUGAUAGCAUUAUCGAUGACACUAGUGGAAUCAGUUUUUCCUCCAGCAGCUCAUCAAAUUACACUUCAACCACUCAGACAGACACUGGCUCGCUUGCAUCAUAUGCUCCUUCGCAUUCAUCUUCCUUAACUACACAGCGAUUCCAAGCUCUUUCAAGUAUAAAUCAGACAUUAUUGAAGACAAGUACUGGUUUAAUUGAAACUAAUCAUUCUAGAGGUCGAUCUCUAGAUUUUGGGAGAGAGAACAUUACUUCAACUUCUUCCAGAAACUCUGAUAUUGAUUAUGCUUUGAAUCGUUCCUCUAGUUACAAAAGCGUUAUAUCUGAUACCGAAUCUUUGAAUUUUGAUCAAAAUUCUGCCAAGGAGGAACCAUUAGCGAUUGAACAUCCUUCACCUAAUAGGCAGGAAAAUGUUAACCUUGAGCUGGAAAAGUUGAGAAUUGAACUAAGACAAGCCCAAGGAUUGCAUGCAGUAGCUCAAAGCGAAAGCAUAGAUGCAUCACGAAAGUUAAAUGACCUCAGCAAGAGGCGAUCAGAAGAAUCCAUGAAACUAAAGGAGAUUCUUGCUAAGGAGGAAAUGGCCAAAGAAUUGGCAAGACAUGAAAGAGAGAAAUAUGAAGCGAAAGAGAAGCUGCAGAAAGAAAAGAAGCAGAGUUAAAGGCUAUCCGUGCGGCUAAAGAUAAAGAAAAGCUGGAGGAUGCUAUUACUGGUUCCACGCCGUUGUACCGAAAGUUUGCGUGGGAUGAAAUAGUGUCCGCUACCUCAUCAUUCUCUGAAGAUUUGAAAAUUGGAAUGGGAGCAUAUGGAAAGGUGUACAAGUGCAGUUUGUAUCAUACAACUGUUGCUGUUAAAGUUCUUCACCCUAAUAGGGGCCACAAUAGCAAGCAAUUCCAGCAAGAGCUUGAGAUACUUAGCAGAACUCGUCAUCCAAACUUGCUUCUUCUUCUUGGUGCAUGUCCUGAGCAUGGAUGCCUUGUGUAUGAAUAUAUGGAGAAUGGUAACUUGGAUGAUAGAUUACUCCGGAAAAACAAUGCCACCCCUAUUCCAUGGUUUGAGAGGUAUCGAAUAGCAUGGGAAGUUGCAUCAGCUCUAUCCUUUCUUCACAGUUCGAAGCCAAAACCAAUCAUCCAUCGUGAUUUGAAGCCAGCGAACAUCCUUCUUGGUCGUAACCUUGUCAGCAAGAUUGGUGAUAUUGGCCUUUCGACAAUGCUUCAGUCAGAUAAUUUAUCCACCAUGUACAAGGACACUGAGCCUGUUGGGACACUCUGCUACAUAGACCCUGAGUAUCAAAGAAAUGGAUUGAUAUCUCCAAAAUCAGAUGUUUAUGCUUUGGGAAUAGUUAUAUUACAGUUAUUGACUGCAAAACCAGCCAUAGGAAUUACUCAUGUGGUUGAAACAGCAAUUGGUGCUGGGAAGUUGACGGAUAUAUUGGAUCCAGAGGCAGGAAGUUGGCCAUUUCAAGAGACAUUAGAAUUAGCUCAAUUAGGACUGAGCUGUGCUGAACUUCGGCGAAUAGACCGGCCUGAUUUGAAAGAUCAUGUUCUUCCUAAACUAGAAAGAUUGAAAGAAAUUGCUGAUAGGACUCAAGAAUCUCCUUCAAUAGUAUUUGUUAGAUCCAGACCUCCCAAUCACUUUAUCUGUCCAAUACUUCAGGAUGUGAUGGAUGAUCCUUGUGUUGCUGCGGAUGGAUAUUCAUAUGAUCGUAAAGCAAUUGAAAAGUGGUUUCAAGAGAAUGACAAAUCACCAAUGACAAAUAUGGCCUUACCACACAAGCAUCUAAUUCCUAAUUACACUCUCCUGUCAGCAAUUAUGGAAUGGAAGUCUCAAUAAAUAUGAUGCAGCAUUAUCUUUCUCAUUGUUAGUAUUCCAUUCAUUUGUUUCUCUUGUGUAGCUUGCAUAAAAAGGUUCUUGUAUGAUAUGUGACGAGUCUUAGAUGCAAAUUGUUUGUCUACCACCCAAAGCUUGCUAUUUGGUUAAUUUAGGGAGCAUUAUUUGCAAGUGGCGCUCGAACUUACUCAACCUCUUAAACUAAGACCAAGUCAGCCUAAUUCUCAAUACUUAGCAAGAAAGAUAAGAACAUAAGAAAAAGAAAACUUUGAUGAAAAGAACACUUUAUAGGUGUAAUCGGCUUUUCUCUGGCAAAAGAAGUGGCAAAUGAUUAUCUGUAAGGGAAGCAACCUUAACUCAACAACCAAAAGAUGGUGGAAGAAACAUGUUCUAUGCUGUGAACAUUAAAGGGCAGUAGCUAGGAUGAUAGGAUGAUAGGAAGAUUUUCAGUAUAUUCUCUAUUUUUGUACAUCUUGAAUGUAGUUGAUUUAUUCUUCACUUCUUUCUGGUAUUUAUUCUUGCUGUAAUAACUUGUAUUAACUCUAAGAAGUCUAACUCAUGGAUUAUGAUUUUGAGGAAAUAUUUAUCUACCAUGGGCGAGUUUUCCAGUUUGCUAUA